GAUUUCGAAGCUCUCUCUCUCUCUCUCUCUCACUCUCUCUCUCACACACAAGAUUCUAGGUCGACCCAGAUUUAAGAGAUUCAUUCACCAGAUGGACUCUCUUCCUGAUGCGAUUCUUCAAUACAUUCUUUCCAACCUGACUGCUGCAAGGGAUGUGGCUGCUUGCAACUGUGUUUCCAAGCGAUGGAAAGAGUCAACAGACUCUGUUAAGAGCAUUGUAUUCCCCCGGAAUUCUUUCGAAAGCAUCAUGGAGACUGAUCAUUCUGACACUAUUGUUCGGAAGAUGAUCUCUUCUUCUCGUCGUCUUGAGAAGCUUGUGGUGUAUAGCCCAUUCACUAGCAAGGGCUUAGCAUCUUGGAUGAUGCAUGUCAGUUCAUCUCUUAGGCUAUUGGAGCUAAGAAUGGAUAAUCUCGCUAGCGAAGAGGCUAUUGUAGAAGGCCCUUUGAAGCUUGAUUGCAUUGGUGUGGCCAAGAAUUUGGAGACUUUGAGGCUUUGGGGUGUUUUAAUGAUGAGCCCUCCUAAGUGGGAUAUGUUCCCAAACCUUCGCUGCCUCGAAAUAGUAGGAGCAAGAACGGAUGAUUCCGCACUGUGUCAUGCUCUUCGUGCAUGCCCAAAUCUGAGUAACUUGCUUCUACUAGCUUGUGAGGGAGUUAAAUCCAUAUCAAUCGAUCUGCCAUACUUGGAGCACUGUAAGCUGGAUUUCUAUGGACCAGGUAACAGCUUGCUAGCCCUCACGAGUCCGAGAUUAGUGUCCCUUGAUGUUCAAGGCUGUAGCUGGAUCCGUGUCCCUGAUACCAGAUUCUUAAAGAACCUAUCCAUCUCAAAUCUUGGUGGGAGAGUCUACAUGGUAGAUUUCAAUAACCUUUCAUCGCUUGAGGCCUUGUCAAUUCGAGGUGUACAAUGGUGUUGGGAUGCGAUAUGCAUGAUACUGCAGCAAGCAAGAGACGUGAAGCAUCUGUUUAUGAAGGUCGAAUUCACAGGCAAUGAGGCUCUUCAACCUUUCCCUGAGAUUGAUUUUGUCGAGUUCUUCAAUAACCAUCCAAAGCUUCAAACAUUCGACAUCCAUGGAGCAAUGUUUGCUGCACUUUGCCAGAAAAACAGCCUUAAGAAGCUUGAGACAGGAUUUGCAAUACCGUAUUUGGAAGAGGUUGUUAUCACAGUGAGAUCUCCACUGAACGCAGAACAGAAGAUGAACACGCUUGAAUCACUUUUGAAAUACGCAAGAGGUCUGAAACGAAUGGUGAUAAGGAUUCUUCAGAUGAAGAGCAAUCACAGCAGUGCAGAUGAUUUCUGCGAUGAUAUCUGCAAGUUCCGGCACAUGAACGAACAUCUUGUUCAGAUAGAAUGAAAUAUUUCUUUGCUGCUAAUCUAUUUUUCAACCAUUAGAUUUCUGUUUCUCAUUCUGGUAUCUGAGCAUUUCUUAUUUUUGAACUCUUGAGUAACUUUUGUUUCCUGAUUCAUGGUUAUGAACUCAUGACUCUAAUUCCGACAACGUUUCGGAACUUUCCCCUGUUAUCGUCUUUAAA